AUGCGUUUCCAUGUAAACACCAAACUCCUCACGCUUCGCGCGGUCACCUUCCUCCUCUUCUGCGCACCCUCCCUAUCUCUCUCCCCUCGCCAAAACCAGCCGAAAUGCGAAAAUCCAGUGGUCCGUAAGGAAUGGAAUAAGUUGUCUCCCGAGGAGCGUGAUUCAUACAUCAAAGCAGUCUCCUGUCUUACGACGAAACCCUCGAAAAUCAAGCUGCCAACAACAUUGUAUGACGAUUUUACGUGGGUACAUCAACAAAUCUUCGACGAAGGUAUAUCUCCUCUAUAUUUCCUGAGAGAAUGACCGCAAGCUGAUCCCAAUAGUUCACAUUGGCAGCAAUAGAGUGCUGGCGCAGUUCCUGCCAUGGCACAGGUAAGUUCUGUACUUCAAACACAAAACUUAUAUGUGGCUAACGUAUGACAGAUACUUUGGACUCAUCUACGAAACCGCCCUAAAAGAUUGCGGAUAUAUCGGCGCCCUACCGUACUGGGACUGGACCCUUUACACUUCCGAUCCAAUUCACAGCCCAAUACUCACUGCUCCACCGAUAGGUCUGGGCCCAGAUGGUACUACCUCACGAAGUUGUGUGUAUAAUCCCAAUCUUCCACCAAAAUGCGUUGCAAGCGGUCCAUUUGCUGGACUUCGACCGAUGUAUUCAACUGGAGGCACCAGAGCACAUAGUUUGCAUAGAUGCUACACUUGCUCCUCCCCGACGAUGCUGAGCCACCAGUAUACGCCCGGGGUGGUGAAUAGGAUACAAGAUAUUCGGGGGUUUGCAGAUUUUGGGCCAGCGUUGUUCUCGGGACCUCAUCAAGCUAUACACGAAGCUGUUGGAGGGGAUUUUCCAAGAGUUUUCUCUCCGAAUGGUGCGUGCCACAUUUCCAGAUUGUUGAAUAGAUUGCGGUUCCUUUUCCAUCGAUUGCUAAUAAUUUUCGACGAUAGAUCCCCUCUUCUUUCCACACCACGCCCAAAUCGAUCGUCUCUGGUGGAAGUGGCAGCAGACAGACUUGGAACAUCGAUUAUUUCAAUACGAAGGUUUCUCUCAACCACUGUCUGAAAACAGAUUAUCCGGAGCCCGGACAAGUGAUAGGGUUCGCAUGUUAGGAUUGGCUAUGGAUCUCAACGUUAUCGAUUUGAUGGAUACCCAGAAUGGACGGCUUUGCUAUAUAUAUGAAGAUUGA